AUGGAGGCUGGUACCGGCAAUGCAUCUUUAACUCUCCAUUUGGCCCGAUCUCUAUACCCAACUGGUCAGCUGCAUUCGAUCGACAUUGAUCCGGUAGCUAGUACUAAGGCAAAAGCAACAGUUACAAAUUUUUCUCGUGGAUUAUAUUCAGACGUCGUAAAAUUCAGUACAGGGAUGUGUUCUGAAGUUAUUAGCGACGAUCCUCAUUUAUAUGACGGAAUAGUAUUGGAUAUUCCAGAACCAUCAGGAGAAUUACAUGCGGUCGUUUCGAAGUUGAAAGUAGAUAGAUUUAUUGUUUGUUAUUUGCCGAAUAUGAAUCAGGUCUUGACGUUGUUUCAGUACAUUAGAGCACAAAAGCUGCCAUUGGAAUUGGAGAAGGUUUUGGAGGUACAAUGGAGACCUUGGGAUGUUAAAGCGACAGUUAUAAGAAGUAGAAUGGGUUCAGAACCUUUCUCGGUAAAGGAACUGAUAAAUCGUGAUGAGAUACCUGAUGAAGCAAUAGGGUAUAUUUGUCGACCUUCACACGAACCUACUGCGCAUACCGCCUUUUUGAUGCGUUUUGAAAAGACUGAUCGAAACCAAAUUCAAGAAACGGUUGUAGAGAAAGAAAUAAAAGAUUAA